UUGGUUGUUCCUGUUAUGUUUCCUACAUUUUGUUUUCAUGCUAUCAGUCAAAUUUCAGGCCAGCCUAGGAGGCACCUCCUUCAGAGUGGUUGGAGUGUCUUUGUAAGUUCGAAAAGGCUUGUUGCCGGGGAUGCAUUCAUAUUUCUUAGAGGUGAGAACGGGGAGCUUCGUGUUGGAGUCAGACAUGCCAUGAGACAGCAGGGUAAUGCUCCAUCAUCAGUGAUAUCCAGUCAUAGCAUGCAUCUCGGUGUCCUUGCUACAGCUUGGCAUGCCAUUCAGACGAAAACAAUGUUCACAGUAUAUUACAAACCAAGGACGAGCCCUGCUGAUUUUAUAGUUCCAUAUGACCAGUAUAUGGAGUCUGUGAAAAACAAUUACUCCAUCGGGAUGAGGUUUAAAAUGAGGUUUGAAGGUGAAGAAGCUCCAGAACAGAGGUUUACUGGCACUAUAGUUGGCAUUGAAGAUGGUGACCCCAACAGGUGGCCUGAGUCCAAAUGGAGAUGCCUGAAGGUUCGAUGGGAUGAAACUUCUGCUAUUCCUAGGCCAGACCGAGUUUCACCCUGGAAAAUAGAGCCAGCUCUUAGCCCUCCUGCCCUUAAUCCACUUCCAAUACCAAGGCCAAAAAGGCCUCGAUCAAAUGUUCUGCCCUCGUCUCCUGAUUCUUCUGUUCUUACUAGGGAAGGUUCAUCCAAAAGAACUGCAGGCCCUUCACAAGCCAGUGGGUUUUCAAGGGUCUUGCAAGGUCAAGAAAUUUCGACCUUGAGAGGCAAUUUUGUAGAAAAUAAUGGGUCAGAUUCUUCUGAGAAGCCAAUUGUAUGGCCACCGUCACUGGAUGAUGAGAAGACUGAUGUUCAUUCUGCAUCAAGGAGAUGUCUAUCAGAUAAAUGGCUUCCUUUAGGGAGGCCUGAAUCAUCUUUUACAGAUUUAUUAUCGGGUUUUGGGGUGCAAGUGAGUUCCUCCCACGGUCUCCAUUUACCCGCUGGGGGCCAAACAGCACUUCCUGCUAGCUUGGUGAAGCGACAAGCACUGGACAAGGAAAAUGAUUUCAGCUUACUGGGAAAACAAUGGUCUCUAGCGUCUUCUGGUCUCUCACUUAAUCUGAUGGAUUCAGGAUUGAAGGGGGCUGAUACUCUUUAUCAAAUGCGGGAAACAUCUAAGUGUAGUGGUUUUAACGAGUAUCCAACCCUCCCUGGUCAUAGAAUUGACAAUCAGCAGGGAAAUUGGUUAAUGCCCCAAUCUGUGUUGCCUUAUAUUCAGAUGUCCACUCAUUCUGGAGAAAUAAUGCCUAAACCAAUGGCUUUGCUACAGCCCGAAGCCGUGAAACCCAAAGAGGGGAAUUGCAAACUAUUUGGCAUUCCCCUUGUAAGUAAAUCUGCUUCCAUAGAUCCUGUCAAGUUGCAAAAUAAUUCACUGAUCGACUCAGCAAGUAACAUGCAUUUUGGUAUACAUCCACAUCAAUUCCCUGCAACUGAAUCUGAUCUAAGGUCUGAGCAAUCAAAGGGAUCAAAGGUACUAGAUAAUGGGAUCACAGUUAAUGAUCAGGAGAAACAAUUCCAAACGUCUCAUCUUGGUACUCGAGAUAGAGAGGGCAAGGGCCUUAUAAAUUCAACAAGGAGUUGCACCAAGGUUCAUAAACAUGGUACAGCCCUUGGAAGGUCUGUGGAUCUUGCAAAGUUCAAUAACUAUGAAGAAUUGAUAGCUGAACUGGAUCACCUUUUUUAUUUUAAUGGUGAGCUCAAGGCUCAGAACAAGAACUGGCUGGUUGUAUAUACUGAUGAUGAGGGUGACAUGAUGCUUGUUGGAGAUGAUCCAUGGCAAGAAUUUUGUGGUAUGGUGUGCAAGAUUUUCAUCUACACGAAAGAAGAGGUGCAGCGAAUGAACCCAGGGUCUCUCAAUUCAAAAGGUUCAUAAAAUCUGCGGAAAAGACUACAUCCACCCAGCUGUUGCUUUUUUGGGGAUUUCUGAAGGUAGUUACCUGCCAUAUUAAGUCCCUUUUAACUUCUGGAUGGCUGGUCUCUCCAUAUAGAUGCAGCUUCGACCCCUUUUGGAGCCAACUUAUGGUGACUUAUCUAUACACAGUAUACACACAUUAUCAGCCUGGUCAUAGUCUUGCUUUUGUUAAUUUCGAUAUGUACAUACCUAGUUUUUAACAAUUAUCCUAGCAACUCUAGAUGUAAUUAAGAAGUUGAUACACAGCAUACCUUGUCUCCUGUUAAUUUAUGUACUACUGGUAUCCAACUGCUUCUAGUACCCUACAUAUUUUGUAUCAGCAGUUGUGGUCGUCCGGCUGAACAUGUAUUGGUAAUCAUUCAAAUUUUGAUCAUAGGAGUUGAAGAAAAGAUCAUAGUAUUUGGUUA